CGCACCCGCAGGAGUCGCUCUUCCCCCCCUUCCGUGCGCGCGCUUCCCCGGUCCCACGCCGAGAGAGUGUAUGUGUGUAAGAACGCGUGUGUGUGAACGCUGGAGCACAUUGCUGUUGCAGGAGCUUCGGCGAGACGGUCGCACUACCGAUGCGCGGUCGGAUACGGAACUUCUCAUGGAUACGCCAAAGUAGCGCGCGGACGCCUGUCACUCACCGAACGGAUUUAUUACUCACGAGGAUAGGAUGGGUUUGGUGAUGGGAUGGCAGUGAGCAUGGCCCUUUGGGCAGGCAUAUUGGCCAUUCUUCUGCAAUUGGCCCUCUUGCUGUUCUUCUCUCUGCCUCCAGGCCACUGCCAAGGUGAAAGGUCCCGCCUACAGUUUACUCAACCACUGUACCAUGCGUCGGUCUACGAGAACUCAGCCGCCCGCACCUAUGCCGCCAGCAAGGUGCGCAUGGGGGUCCCUCUCCAGCAUCACUCCUGGGAGGUGAGGUACCGCAUCACCUCUGGGGAUGAGGAAGGAUUCUUCAAGGCUGAGGAGUACACUCUGGGUGAUUUCUGCUUCCUGCGGAUACGAACCAAAGGGGGGAAUGCUGCCAUCUUGAACCGUGAAGUUCAGGACAACUACUUGUUGACAGUGAAAGCUUCCAUUAAGGGGGAUACACUAGAGGCCUGGACUAAAGUUAGUGUGCAGGUGUUGGAUAUGAACGACCUUAGACCACUUUUCUCCCCUACCACGUAUUCAGUUACCAUUGCAGAAAGCACACCCCUACGCACCAGUAUAGCUCAGGUCACUGCCACGGAUGCAGACAUAGGAUCGAAUGGAGAGUUCUAUUACUUUUUCAAGGAGCGAAUGGAGCUGUUCGCUGUGCACCCAACUAGCGGAGUUGUUUCUCUCAGUGGGAAGCUGGAUGCUGACACUCAAAGUCGCUAUGAUCUUGAGAUCCAGGCUGUGGACCGGGGAAUGAAGCUCUAUGGGAAUAAUGGUGUAAGCAGUACAGCCAAACUGUUUGUUCAUGUAGAACGGAUUAAUGAGCAUGUGCCCACUCUGAGCGUUGUUACAUUAUCACCUGUAUGGACUGAGAAGUCCCCUGUCAUAGCUGUGGUCACCGUAGAGGAUCUUGACGAAGGGGCGAAUGGAGAGAUUGAGACGGUCAGCAUUGUGGCUGGGGACCUUCUUGAGCUCUUCAGCAUUGAAAGGACAGAGAUGGCAAGUGAAGAAAUGGUGGAUGAGGAAGUUAGUCAGACAGGAUCUAAUGAGUUUAUCCUUCGUGCAACAGAGCAGUUCGACUGGGACAGCUAUCCAUUUGGACUAAACCUCAGCUUGCAGGCUCGGGAUCGUGGAACACCUCAAAAGUUCUCUGCUGUGCACGUGGUGCAUUUACGACUGUCACGACCAGCCCCGGCUGAAGUCACAUUUCAGAAGGAUGAAUAUGAGGUUCUCUUGAGUGAAGUUGCCCCUCCUGGAACUGUUGUGGAGGCUGUGAAACUCCAGCCAGAGCCAGAUGAUGCUGAGUACAUCCUAACCCCAUCUGCUGAUUCAGGGUUCUUCAGUAUCAACACCAUGACAGGUGUCAUCAGCACGGCACGUUGGCUCACCCAGCUCGCACAGCAAGUAUUUGAGCUUGAGGUCUUAGAAGUAGACAGUGACCUUAGGGUCAAGGUUAGAGUCAUUCUUGAGGAUGCCAAUGAUAAUGCACCUUUAUUUGCUCAACAGUCUUAUGAGGUAUUUGUCAAUGAAAGUGUUGCCAUAGGCACUACUGUUGUUGUGGUGACUGCUUCUGAUGGUGACCAUGGGGAAAACGGGUACAUUACAUACAGCAUGGCUAGCUUGACACAGUUACCAUUCAGUGUGCAGCAGUUCACCGGCGCAGUCACAACAACACAGGAGCUGGACUUUGAAUCAUCUCUAGAGAGUUUUAGUUUUGUGGUUCGUGCUUCUGACUGGGGUUCCCCGUAUAGGCGUGAAAGUGAAGUCAACGUCACUGUGCACCUAGAGAAUGUUAAUGAUAACAAACCCCUAUUUGAGAAAGUGGCCUGUGUUGGCGUAAUCUCUCGAGACCUACCGGUAGGUGAGGUCAUCGCCACAAUGUCUGCCAUUGAUAUUGAUGAGCUAGAGCUGGUCAAAUACAAGAUCCUCUCAGGGAAUGAGCGAGGGUACUUUGACUUAAAUCCUGAUUCCGGUGUCAUGACCUUACACCACUCACUCAACACUGUGGCACCCAAAAACUCCUUCAGUCUAAAAAUUACUGCCACAGAUGGGGAACACUUCUCUGAUCCUAUGUUUGUAAACAUAUCCGUAGUGCAAGGGAAGACACCACCCAAGAGCUUUAGUUGUACCGAAACAAGAGUUGCCCAACGACUAGCCGAGAAACUUCUGAAGAAAGCCAAAGCUAGCAGUAAACCCAAAAUAGAAGAAGGCUUUAUUGACCUGUUCUCUGUAAAUCGUCAGUCACCUCAAUUUGACAAAUCCUUCCCUACGGACAUUACUGUGCGUGAGGAUGUAGAAGUGGGCAUGAGUGUGUUUCAGGUAAAAGCCUUUGAUGGAGACACGGGGUUCAAUGGACAACUCUUAUAUGCCAUAGCUGAUGGCAACACAGACAGUUGUUUUACUAUUGGAAUUCUGAAUGGUAUAAUAAGCAUCUUCCUUCCUCUAGACCGUGAGAAGACUGACCGCUACCUUCUAAACAUCACACUGUAUGAUUUAGGCCAACCUCAAAAAUCCACCUGGCGGCUUCUUACAUUUUACAUUGCAGAUGCAAAUGACAAUACACCUCAGUUUCUUCAAGAAGGUGGCUACCAGGCCCGCAUUCCCGAAAACACCCCUAUUGGUACCGAAGUCAUUCAAGUGGAAGCUACUGACAAAGAUCAAGGUCUCAAUGGCGAGAUCCAGUAUUCUCUACUCACCAGCACAUCGCAAUUUGGCAUUAACAGCUCCACUGGGAUUGUGUAUGUUGCUGGCCAGCUGGACCGUGAGUUUGCUCCCUUCUUCAUAUUAAAAGUGGAAGCACGAGAUCGAGCAGAGCGAGCAGCCCAACAGUUUUCUGUAACAACACUUAAAAUCUCACUCGAGGAUGUUAAUGAUUGUCCACCUGCCUUUAUCCCAAGUGUUGUCAGUGCCCGUGCACUAGAAGACCUCCCAGUGGGCACUGUCAUUGCCUGGUUGGACACACAAGACCCUGACCUUGGACUUGGAGGCCAGGUGCGAUACUCACUCGCUAAUGACUAUGAUGGUCGUUUUGAGGUUGACAAGACUAGCGGUGCCAUUCGUCUUACCAAGGAGCUGGAUUACGAAACUCAACAGUUCUUCAACCUAACAGUUCGAGCGAAGGACAAAGGCCGACCUGUUUCGCUCCUGUCAGUUAGCUUUGUUGAACUGGAGGUUGUGGAUGUCAACGAAAACCUGUAUGCACCAUAUUUCUCAAAUUUCGCCAUGAAUGGAUCAGUAAAAGAAAGUGUUCGGAUCGGGACUUCUGUGCUCCAGGUCUCUGCACGGGAUGAUGACACGGGCAGGGACGGCGAGGUGCAGUAUUCCAUACGUGACGGCAAUGGUCUUGGAAGAUUCACCAUUGACGAAGAAACAGGUGUCAUCUACACUACAGAUCUGUUGGACCGAGAGACUCAGGACUCCUAUUGGCUGACGGUGUACGCCACUGAUCUGGGGGUGGUACCGCAGUCAGCGGCACUACAGGUGUACAUACAGGUUGAGGAUGUUAAUGAUAAUGCUCCCCUCACGUCUGAACCAAUGUAUCAUGCCACCAUUCCGGAAAAUUCCCUGAAGGACCAGUCAGUCAUUCAGAUCCAGGCACAGGACCCUGACGCCACGGCAACCGAGCCCCGUCUGUCAUUUCGUAUCUCCAGCGGCAACCCGCAGAACUUCUUCAGCAUCAACCCUCGCACCGGCCUGAUUACCACAACCUCUCGGAAGCUGGACCGCGAACAACAGGCUGAGCACGUACUGGAGGUGACUGUAUCAGAUGGCGGUCCUUCUCCCAGGCACACCACAGUAUGGGUGGUGGUCCAGGUGUUGGAUGUUAAUGAUAACAAACCAACGUUUCCAGAGAAGAUGUACCAGGUGCGUUUACCCGAGCGCACCCGUAAGCAGCGGGGGGCUCCUAUAUACCGCAUCUUCGCCUACGACCAAGACCAGGGUGCCAAUGCUGACCUCUCCUACAGCAUCGUCGAUGGCAACGAGGACGGGAAGUUUGUAAUCGACGCCAAAACUGGUGUGGUUUCAUCACCGAAGAAACAGUUCACAGCCGGAACCUAUGAUAUUCUUACCGUGAAGGCUGUGGAUAAUGGACGUCCUCAGCGCUGGGCGACGGCUCGUUUGCACAUCGAGUGGAUUCGCCGUCCACCGCCCAGCCCCGUGCCUCUCGCUUUCGAUGAGCAGCUUUACAAUUUCACAGUCAUGGAAACCGACAAAGUGGCAGACAUCGUUGGCGUGGUGUCCGCCCAACAGCAAGGCUCCGCCUCCUUGUGGUUUGACAUCACUGGCGGUGACGUGGACAGUAUGUUUGACGUUGAGAAAGGUGUCGGCACUAUCGUCAUCGCUAAACCUCUGGACGCAGAGCAACGAUCGUUUUACAACCUCACUGUGGAGGUUACAGAUGGGACUAAUAUAGCGUACACUCAGGUCCACAUUACUGUUUUGGACAACAACGACAACCCGCCUGUUUUUUCCCAGCCCACCUAUGACAUCACAAUCACAGAGGACACACCCCCGGAUACGGAGGUGGUUCAAGUGUUGGCAUCUGACCGUGACGAGCGUCACCGUUUGACAUUUAGCCUUCAGAGCAGCGUUGACCCCAGCAGUAUGCGCCUCUUCCGCAUCGACCCUAACAGCGGAAUCAUCUACACGGCUCGCAGACUGGACCACGAGAGCCGAACACAGCACAUCCUCACCAUCAUGGUGAAAGAUCAAGAGUUCCCAUACAGACGUAGCCUUGCUCGUGUCCUGAUCGGUGUAGAGGAUGUGAAUGAUCAUGCCCCUCUUUUCACCAUGGUGAUGUAUGAUGGACAGGUGUAUGAAUCAGCUGCACUGGGAUCAGCUGUUCUCACUGUGACUGCACUCGAUAAGGACAAGGGUCAGAAUGCACAAAUCAGUUACAGUGUUGACUCAGGGAAUACAGGGAACACAUUCCGGAUUGAUCCUGUUUUAGGCAUCAUCUCAUUGGCUCGGGAGCUGGACCUGUCAAACAUUGGUCACUACGUCUUGUCUGUCAAAGCAACUGAUAAUGGUUCUCCAGCAUUAUCGUCAACAGCUGUCGUCCGAAUCGCAGUCACCUUGUCCGAUAACGCUGGCCCCAAGUUUCCCCAAAAUGAAUAUCAGGCGGAAAUAUCAGAAGGUGUUGCCAUAGGAACUUCAGUUAUCACAGUAACCGCUCUAAGUCUGUCCACCCUUACCUACGACAUUCGCCAUGGCAAUGGUCAUAGGACUUUCCGCAUCAACCAAUACAGUGGGGUGAUCACUACACAGAAAUCACUAGACUUUGAGACAGUCUCCUCCUAUGUGCUAAUAGUCACUGCAAGCAACAUGGCUGGACAGGCCUCAAAUGCUACAAUAACAGUUACAGUUCUCGACCAAAACGACAAUGCUCCGGUGUUCCAACAGCUGCAUUAUCAUGGAAGUAUCAGUGAAGGCGCUGGGCUUAACAGUGUUGUGCAGAGUGACAAUGGACAACCACUGGUCAUACGAGCAACCGACGCUGACCGCAACCAUAAUGCCCUGUUAGUGUACCAGAUCUUGGAAGAAUCUGCUAGGCGCUUCUUUGCAGUAGAUGCUGGGACUGGAUCCAUAAGGACAAUUGCUCAGCUUGACCAUGAAACCACACCUACAUUCCGUUUCCAUGUUAACGUCCGAGAUAGUGGGCAUCCUCAGCUCUCAGCUGAGCAGCCUGCAGAAGUUACUAUUGAAGUGCAAGAUGUUAACGACUGCCCUCCUAAAUUUUCCCAGGAUUCCUAUGAAGCUGUCCUUCUGCUCCCAACUUACGAAGGUGUAGAAGCCCUACAAGUUUUUGCUACAGAUCCCGAUGGUAAUGGCCAAUCAGAGCUCACCUACUCAUUGACAGAUGGAAGCUUAGAACAUUUCAGCAUUGAGCCAAGCACUGGACUGCUGACUGUGAGAAACAGUACAUUUAGCAAAGAACGAUUUCGCUUUAACGUCCGUGUUUCAGAUGGACGCUUCUCUAGCACUGCUCUGGUUACUGUCCUGGUACAUGAGGCUCUGGACAGUGGGCUGGCUUUUACUCAAAAUGCCUAUAAUUCGAACAUUGAGGAAAACAAUGACAAUAUAACAACAGUUGCUGUGGUUACAGCACUAGGGAACAAGUUGAAUGAACCACUGCGCUAUACUUUGCUGAAUGCAGGUGGGAAAUUUCGCAUCAGGCCAACUUCUGGUGCCAUUGAAACUGUUGGAGUCCCAUUGGACAGGGAAGAGAAGGAGGAAUAUGGGCUGUUGGUACAAGCAGGCCGUGAGGAAGAUCGUCUCCGUGUUGCAAGGGCGCUGGUCCGAGUUCAAGUCACCGAUGUUAACGACAAUGCUCCGGUUUUUGUUGGAUUGCCAUACUAUGCUGCUGUGCAAGUAGAAGCAGAGCCUGGGACAGCAAUAUUUCGAGUGACGGCAGUAGACCGGGACAAAGGACAAAAUGGAGAGGUCAGCUACUUUCUACAGGAUGAACUUGGACAUUUCGAGAUGGACCGUGUGAGCGGCGAGCUUCGCUUGCGAAGAGCUUUCGAGGCUGAUCUCUCCAGUGUGGAAUAUCAGGUUUUGGUGUUCGCCCGUGACAUGGGAACACCACCUCUGUCCUCUUCAGUCACUUUUCCCGUUACAGUGGUAAACAGAGCAAUGCCAGUAUUCGACCGACCAUUCUAUUCUGUAAAAGUGAGCGAAGAUGUACCAGUAUGGACUCCAAUUCUGGGAAUAAAUGCCAGCAGCCCUGAAGGCCAGAGUGUCCUUUACACAAUCAAGCACGGUGACCCUGGAACGCUCUUCUCCAUUGGAUUUGACACAGGGGUCAUUAGUGUCAUCGCUGCCCUUGACUAUGAGACCAGCCCUGCCCACAGACUCAUCGUUAGAGCAACAGACUGCCUCACAGGUGCUCGUGCAGAAGUGGAUGUUGAAGUUACUGUUUUGGAUGUCAAUGACAACCCUCCAGUCUUUGAGCAGCCUUUGUACAAAGCCGUCAUUUCAGAAUCUGCCAUGAUUGGCACUGCAGCCUUGCAGGUGCUCGCAACGGACAAUGACUCCAAGAAAAAUGCAGCUAUACGGUACCAAAUCAUUCCAGACCAUACCAACAGCACUGACCACUUCCACAUUGACAGCAGCAGUGGUUUAAUUCUGACCGCUCGCUCCCUGGACCAUGAGACCAUCCAACGUUAUGUGUUUCUUGUCAAGGCAACAGAUAAUGGCUUUCCCCCACUGAGCAGCGAAGUGUGGGUCACAGUCGAUGUUACAGACACCAACGACAACGCUCCAGUGUUUAACCAACUUCUAUAUGAAGCCUCAAUCAAUGAGUUGGCACCCAAAGGGCACUUUGUUACAUGUAUACAGGCCUCUGACGCAGACCGCUCAGACGCAGAGCGCUUGCAGUAUGGCCUAGUGUCUGGGAACGAAAAGAUGUUGUUUGAGCUAGAUGCCGCCUCCGGUGUCCUCACCCUGAGUGGUCAGCGACGCAUGCAGCGCAUGCCUUCUGCCAUCACCCUGAACGUGAGCGUUUCAGACAGUGUCUUCACCAGUACGGCGCAAGUGCAUGUUAGAGUAGAGCGAGCUAAUCUGCAUGCCCCCCAGUUCACCCAGGGCAUGUAUGAGGCCGAUGUGCGGGAGAACGCUCCAACAGGAUCAAAGGUCAUCGUGAUCAGAGCGCAAGAUGCUGAUCCUGGACCGUUUGGGGAUGUGAGGUAUGUGCUGCUCUCAGAUACUGCUCGAGACUUGUUCAGUAUUGAUGGCAGUGGACAAAUUACAACUCUUGAACGUCUGGACCGGGAAGAACGAAGUGAGAUGGUGCUGUCCAUUGCGGCUGUGGAUGCAGGUGGCCGAUCUGGAUAUUGCAGUGUCCGGGUCACUGUACUAGAUGAGAAUGACAACACUCCACUGUUUGGCGCCACAGAGUACCAUGCAAGUGUGCGAUCUGAGGUUGAACCAGGUACCCUUGUGACGCAAGUGCAAGCUUGGGAUGUAGAUCAAGGUGCCAACGGACAAGUGAGCUACAGUCUGUACAGUGAGGCCAGUCUGCAGGUUACUGAACUUCUGGAUAUCGACCCGGACAGUGGCUGGGUUGUCACCAAAGGCAACUUUGCCUCUUUGCGUGGGUCUGUACUGUCCUUUUUCGUUAAAGCCUCUGAUGGAGGUGCACCUGUUAGACAUUCCCUUGUGUCAGUCUACAUACAUGUUUUGUCCGCGGAUGCCCACAUACCUUCCUUCAGCCAACCACAAUUCUCCUUUACUGUGCCAGAGGACAUGCCUAUUGGUUCCUUGCUGGGAGCGGUGCAUUUACACACCUCGACUAGCCACUCUUCCUUACCAGUAAGCUUCUCAGCAGUGAUCGGACAGACUCCAGAGAGUAACAGUGAUGGAGUGUUUGUGGUAGACAAAGAAAGUGGCAUGAUCAAACUAGACAAAGCACUGGACCGAGAGCUGACACAGGCCUAUCAUUUUAAAGUGAUUGCAAUGUUGCAGCAGGGACGGUUGGAUGCUGUUUCGGCUGUGGAUGUGGAGGUCAAAGUACAAGAUGUCAAUGAUAACAAACCUGCGUUUGAGUCAGAUACCUAUGAAACGUCAGUCACAGAGGGUCUUUCUCCUGGAACUAGGAUUCUUCAAGUGCGAGCUUUGGAUCCUGAUUGGGCAGCUAAUGGUCAGGUGACAUACAGUCUUGCUCCACCUGGGUUGCUUGGUGGCUCUGGCGGGGAGGACAUUGAAGAGCAUGGUGCCUAUUUUACAAUUGACAGCAGCUCUGGCUGGAUAUCAACACUGAAAGGGCUGGACCAUGAACAGAGCCCAGCCCACAGUCUUACAGUCUGGGCAUUUGACCUUGGAGAUCCCGCUAGCCAAUCAUCCUCAACUACUAUAACUAUAGCAGUGAGCGACUCCAAUGACAAUGUACCACAGUUUCUUCAGCCCCACUACUUUGGAAGUGUACGUGAGAGUGAUGCACCUGGUGAAGUGGUGGCAGUACUUAACACAAGGGACAAUGACAGCUCACCUGGAAACCGACAAGUCACCUAUCAUAUUACAGGUGGGAACAGGGGUGGCGUGUUCGCUCUAGGCCUGGUUCAGGGAGAGUGGAAGCUGUACGUUAAACGACCGUUAGACCGUGAGGAACAAGAACGGUACCUCAUCAAUGUCACGGCGACCGACGGACUCCACGUUUCCAUGGCGGCCGUAGAGGUCAUGGUCAUGGACACCAACGAUAACAGCCCUGUCUGUGACCCGGCCGUGUAUUCAGUGUCCGUGUCUGAAGACGUCCCCUUGAAUAAGCAAAUCCUCCAGGUCAAAGCCACAGACGCUGAUGCGGGCUCAAACGCACAGAUCCAGUUCUCCCUGUUCGGUUCUGGAGCAGAAGAUUUCAUCAUACAUCCACACACAGGCGAGCUGAGGACAGCCGUGUCACUGGACCGUGAAAAGGUCGCGCGGUACUCUAUGGUUGCCCGUGCGACGGACGGCGGCGGUUUGUGGUGUGAAGCUGAGGUGAUGGUGGUUCUCUUGGACGUGAAUGACAGUCCUCCGAUGUUUAGCAUGCCCCAUUACACCAUUAGCGUCUACGAGAACACCGCCACUAAAGCUCUGCUGACCCGAAUACAAGCCAUAGACCCUGAUCUGGGUGUUAAUCGUAAAGUGGUUUAUUCCCUUGUUGACUCUGCGGAUGGAUUCUUCUCCAUUGAUAAAUCAUCUGGGAUUGUGGUUUUGGAGCGUUUGUUGGACCGGGAGGUUCAGUCUUCGUACCAUAUAAUGGUCCGUGCAUCAGAUCAAGGCGUUCCCGUUCACCUUUCCUCUCUUGCGAACAUCACUAUCACAGUUCUGGACAUAAACGAUAACCCGCCCGUGUUUGAGAGGAGGGACUAUCUGGCAACACUUCCUGAAGAUGUCGCAGUGGGCACAGAAGUGGUACAGGUUUAUGCUGCGAGUAAAGAUAUUGGCACCAACGCUGAUAUUUACUACAACAUCAGAUCCGGAAACCAACAGGGUCAUUUCACCAUUAACAUCAAUACAGGUGCUAUCUCUGUAUCUCGACCGCUAGACUUUGAGUCCUGCAAGGAUUAUUUCUUAACGGUGGAGGCCACGGAUGGCGGGACUCCGCCCCUCAGUGCUGUUACCAUGGUGAACAUAAACCUGACGGAUGUCAAUGACAACGCCCCCAUGUUCAGCCGUGACGCCUACAGCGUGUCUGUUAGUGAGGACGCUAACAUAGGAGACACCGUGAUCAAGGUGACCGCGGAAGACGUCGACAGCCAUGCGAACGGCGACAUCCUGUAUUCCAUUGUCAGUGGCGACCGGGAAAACCAGUUCUUCAUUGAGCCAAUCACAGGCCAGAUCAAAGUCAACAAGCAGCUAGAUCGAGAAACGAUGGCUAGUUACUCGUUGUCCAUCAGAGCUCUUGACAGUGGGACCCCAGCCAUGUCCUCAACCGUUCAGGUCAACAUCGACAUCUCUGAUGUCAACGACAACCCGCCCACCUUCACCCCAGCCAAUCACACUGCGGUUAUACAGGAGAACAAGCCUUUGGGAACGAGUGUCCUGCAGCUGUCCGUCAUCGAUAAGGACGCCAGCCACAACGGCCCCCCUUUUAAUUUCCGUAUCCUGUCAGGAAAUGAGGGGGCGUGGUUUAAACUGGAUAGAGAGGGGCUGUUGACAUCCAAUCAGGUGUUUCGUAGGUCAGAAGGCACAGAAUACGUCAUUCACGUGCAGGCCAGUGAUUCGGGUAGGCCACCUCUGUCGUCUAUGGCGAGCGUGUUGGUGCGGGUGAUAGAGGAGAGUGUUCACAAGCCAGUGGCAUCACCUUUACACGUGCACAUCGUAACCAUGGAGGACGAGUUUCCAGGAGGUGUGAUCGGUCAGAUACAUGCAACAGACCAGGAUGCAUUUGAUAUACUGACUUAUGGACACACACACCAGCAGAGCAGCCUUUUCAAGGUCAGCCCCCGAGAUGGUCGAAUCAUCGCUCUGAGCGGGUUGGAUGCGGGCCGCUACACCCUCAAUGCUACUGUAACAGACGGCCGCUUCACCGUGAGCGUGCCUGUGAGCGUGCACGUGGAGCAGGCCUCAGUCGAGAUGCUCCACGACGCCGUGACAGUUCGGUUUGACCGCGUCUCCCCUCACGACUUUGUGUCCCGUCACCUCCCCUCGGUCAAACGUGUCCUGUCCAGUGUCAUGGCGACGCCCCGCCCUGAUGCUCUGCACGUGCUCAGUGUGCAGCCCGUAGAAUCCACGGGGCAGCUGGACCUGCUGGUGGCCGUGGAGACAGCGGAAGGAGGAGGGUUCUAUAAGGCAGCAUUCGUGACGCAGAAGCUGAGCUCUGCGCGACGCCAGCUGGACCAGGUUUUGAGAGUGUCGGCGGUUCUGGAUAAGAACUGCUCUGGUCUGGACUGCAGGGAGGCCCAGUGUGAGCAAACCAUCAUGCUGGACUCGCACAGUCUGCUCACGUACAGCUCUACCAAAAGCAGCUUUGUGUCGCCCAAGUUUCACAGGAACACACGAUGCGUGUGCAGCGACGGUAGUUGUUCUGCUGCAUCGGAGGUGUGUGCGGAUAUGAGAUGUCCUGGUGACAUGCAGUGUGUCGGAAUGGACAGCAGCAGGGGGCCGUACGUGUGCCAGUGUCCACCGGGGAAACUGGGAGAGUGUGCAGGACACACCUCUCUGAGCUUCUCUGGGAACAGUUAUAUCAAGUACAGAGUGACAGAUGCGGAGAGAAGUGGAGAGAUGAAGUUAGCCCUCCGGAUCAGAACGCUGCAGAGCAAAGGAAUCAUCAUGUACACGCGUGUAGAUCCGUGCAGUGUGCUGAAGACGGGAAAGUUGUGGUUCCAGUUGGAUUGCAGCAACAGUCCCAGGAGCAUCGGGAUCUCUGGCCGACCAGUCAACGACGGGAACUGGCAUCACGUGGUCCUGGAGUUGCGUGGAAACUACAGCAGCCUCUCGCUAGACGACAUGUAUGUGGAACGACGGCUGGCCACGGCCAAAUACCGUCCUUUGGGAGCAGAUUUGUCCAUUUAUUUUGGAGCGCAGGUGUCGCCUCCGGACGGCCGUAGCUUGACGGAAAGGAAAGGUCCGCGGGUUACCAAUGGCUUUCAGGGCUGUCUAGACUCCGUGGUUCUGAACGAUAACGAACUCCCGCUGCAGAACAAACGCAGCCCGUACGCAGAGGUGGUGGGACUGACGGACCUCAAGUUGGGAUGCGUUCUCUAUCCGGACGCGUGUGCCGCCCAGCCGUGCCUCAACGGUGCCACCUGCGUCAGUCUGCCGUCUGGAGGUUAUUCCUGCAGUUGCAGUGCUCUGUACACUGGAGGGCGCUGUGAGACAGAGAUCAGCGUGUGCAUGCCAAACCCAUGUCAGAACGGCGGCGUGUGUAAACCCAUCGGAAACGCCUUCAUCUGCAGCUGCAAGAGAGGAUACACCGGUGCAACGUGUGAAGAGGACGUGAACGAAUGUGAACGCGAGCUGUGCGAGAACGGCGGUGUGUGCGUCAACACUUUCGGAUCCUUCUACUGCAACUGCACGCCGGGUUUCGUGGGAAGCGCUUGUUCUGUUCGUCCGGUGUUAGUUCCGGACAUGCAGGCAGGCCACGCCUACGUCGGGAAGGAGGAGCUUAUUGGCAUCGCUGUCGUUCUCUUCCUCAUCCUCACUCUCAUCCUUCUCUUCAUCGCCUUCCGGAAGAAGGUAUUCCAGAAGAGCUAUUCCCGGAAUAACCUCUCCAUGGUUCAGGAUCCGGCUACGGCCGCCCUGCUGCACAAAGCCAACGGUGGGCACUACCCGCCGCUGCGCUGUGCCAUUGGAGAGCCCAUCAGCCUGUACACAGAAGGAAGCCUGACCGGCCCGCCUCAGGUCCCCGUCAGGCCGAUGGCGUACACGCCGUGUUUCCCCGGAGACCCUCGGGGAACUCUGGAGAAGAGGCCAGGGGACGGCCGAGGCCCAGAGCUGACGGAAAUGAGCACUUUCCAUCCGUCAGAGUCGCCACGGAUACUGGGCGGAACCAACCGGAGGGGCGUGGUGGUGUGCAGCGUUGCGCCCAAUUUGCCGCCUGUUUCGCCGUGCCGGUCUGACUGUGAUUCCCUACGGAAGAGCCCCUGGGAAGAUGAGGGUAAAGUGGAUUUGCUAGAAGAGGUCACAUGUUUCUCUGGCAGUAACAAGGGCAGCAACUCAGAGGUCCAAUCACUGAGCUCCUUUCAGUCUGAUUCCUGUGAUGAUAACGCUUCCAUAGUGACGGUAAUUCGGCUGGUCAAUGAUGCAGUCGACACGAUUGAGAAUGAAGUGUCCGUUAUGGAUCAAGGUCAAAACUUCAACAGAGCAUACCACUGGGACACUUCCGAUUGGCUGCCAAGCACACGCCUACCUGACAUCGAGGAAGUUCCCACCUACGAGACGGGUGAAGUAGGCGUGACUUUAGAAUCUGACUAUUACCUCGGCGGAUUCGAUAUCGACAGUGAUUACCCACCUCCUCAGGAGGAGGAGUUUAUGUCCCAGGACCAGCUGCCCCCACCCCUUCCCACCGAGGAAUACGACACCUCACCCGCCAAUCAACUUGCCUCCAGAGAGAGCACGCUGAGCGGGGACCGCAAGCCCCGCCCACACUUCCACCCCAGUCAAUACCUGCCCCCGCAUCAGCUGCCGCUCGGCUCCGCGGGGGAGGAGUUUAGCACUUUUACAGGCAGGGAGGAGCGCCUGUCCAUCAACGCCUCCUCUGCCUCCGACGUUUCCUCUGCACCCUGUGGGUUCGAAGACUCUGAGACGGGAGGAAGCUUGGAUAGUUUGGAGGACAUGCACCCACAUACGCAGCAGACUGAGGUCUGACACGCCAUCGAAAACUAAAGACGCAGUUACUGACGUUAGCUGGACGUGUUUUCAGACAUAAAAGACACUAAACUCUCCCGUCUGUCAGUGCUCGUGAGAAUAAAGCGAGACGGAUGCAGCAGACACGGUCUGAGGACUGCCGACACCAUAGACAGACUCUCAGCGCUGUCCUCUGCAUGAGCAGCCCACAUAUAAAAGCACAGGACGUGGCGAAAGUGAUGUCAUGGGUGGAGACCUUACGAUUAAAGCAACAAGAAACGAAAUAUCGAGCGGAGACCAAUGAUCUGUAGAUGUGUUUUCAGAAAUCGCCUGGUGCAUUUCAUUGCUCCUUCCAGUUCCUUAUCUGUUUGGUGCUGCCCUUUGUGAGUUUAAAAUCUAAAACCUAGUGAGCUGCCUACGUAGACACCUUUAUGCAGCCUUUUAAGAUAGAAAACAUAAUUCAUCCAAAUUCUGUUUAAAUCUUUAAAUUCAAUCUUUUUUAAUUACAGUUUUUAAAAACAAAGCCUACAAUUACAUGCAACAAAGAAUAAAAAUCAACAAUAUACUAAUAGUAAUACCCAACCUAAA